AGCGGUCUUUGACGGCGGAUAGUUCGCAGAGUACCAGGGAAACGCCAGGGUACAGUGACCUUUGACACACUCAGCAGUCGAAAUCAUGCUGAACGCAGGGAAACUUGCCGGGCGUACCCUGUUCAUCACUGGUGCCAGCCGUGGCAUUGGUAAAGCUAUUGCUGUGAAAGCAGCUCGAGAUGGUGCCAACAUCGUCAUUGCUGCCAAGACAGCCGAGCCUCAUCCAAAGCUACCAGGAACCAUCUACACAGCUGCAAAAGAGGUGGAGGACGCUGGUGGUAAGUGCCUACCCUGUGUCGUCGACAUCCAGCAUGAAGACCAGGUCAAGUCAGCCGUAGAGGAAGCUGUCAAGGCCUUCGGUGGAAUUGAUAUUCUCAUCAACAAUGCCAGUGCUAUCUCACUGACAGGAACAUUGGAAACUCCCAUGAAGAGAUACGACCUGAUGAACAAUAUCAACACAAGAGGGACAUACAUGGUAUCCAGAACAUGUAUACCCUAUCUCAAGGAGAGUAAUAACCCCCACAUCUUGAACCUGAGUCCACCACUCAGCAUGCAGUCCAAGUGGUUCCGGGGUCAUGUGGCCUAUUCCAUCGCAAAGUACGGUAUGUCCAUGUGUGUGUUGGGAAUGGCGGAUGAGUUUCAAUCUGAUGGUAUAGCGGUCAAUGCGCUUUGGCCAAGAACAGCCAUCUGGACUGCAGCCAUGAACAUGCUGGGGGGUGGUGAGGAUGCUCUUAGGAAGCAGUGUCGGACACCAGACAUCAUUGCUGAUGCAGCCUACGCCAUCCUGACAAAAGACAGCAGAUCCUACACGGGUAACUUUGCCAUGGAUGAAGACGUCUUGAAGGAGGCAGGGGUAACUGAUUUGGACCAGUAUGCCUGUGAACUGGGCCAUGACCUCCUUCCAGAUUUCUUCCUUCCUGACGAGGACCCGGUGGCUGUCAGGAAAAAAAUGGAGCAAGCUGGUAGCAAGCCGGCAUCCUCAGGAGCUGCUGGGAACCAGGUCGCUAAAGUGUUUGAGAGUAUUCAAGGAUUGCUAGGAGAAACUUAUGUGGCUAGCACAAAGGCAGUCUAUCAGUUUGAAUUGAAAGGUGAUGAAGCAGGUCAGUGGUACUUGGACCUCAAGAAUGGCGCAGGUAGUGCAGGCAGUGGGACACCACCAGAGGGCUCCCCCGACGUCACUAUGAGGAUGGAUUCCGUCGACUUCGUCAAGAUGUUCAAAGGAGAGCUUAAACCCACGGCAGCUUUCAUGUCAGGGAAGCUGAAGAUGGACGGAGACCUGAUGAAAGCCAUGAAGCUGGAGUCGCUGAUGAAGAACAUCCCUCCGGCUAAGUUAUAGAGGAAGGACUUCAUCUCGGCAAGAAGUGAUCAUUCAGAUUAAUAAGACAAGAUGGCGUCUGUAGUUCUGUUUGAUCUUGUCAGAAGGGGGGGGAGAGCUGAUAAUGAAUACUGAAAGUCAUCAACUGCUUCAGUCUUGAAUCUUGCGCGUCAGUGAUUUUGAGCAAAAGGUUAGUUUUUGUGUUUAGUUGCAUUCCAAUCAGUGUCGUUCUGAUCUCAUUAAAUACCAGCAGAAAAUUAUCCAGUUAAAAAUAAAGAAAACCCUGGAUUCUGAAACUGAAUCACAUUAAGCCUCAAAGGUACUCAUCAAUGAAGUGCAUCAGGAUCAUGCUUUAGGUUUCAUAAAAAUAGCUAUGCAGUUUUUGUUUUUGGACAUACACACUAUUAUGCUAUAGCUGCCUUGUUUCUUCAUGCAUGAAGCACAUUUAUUCAUGCUAAAUGUUUGUUCGUGCAUAAAGCUUUCCUUGCAUCUAUUGCAGCUGAUUGUGGUGGCACAAUUUCGUGGUGUUAAAUUUCAAGUUGGCAGAAGCAUCUGAAAAUCAAGAUUUUUCAUGAACAAUUUAAUUUCCAUUUGUCAUUCAAAUUUAUGGCAUUUAUUUACAGUUGGAUUUAUUUUUUCUUAGUGCAAAGCACGUUCAAUGCAAAAUAUUUGCUCUGAUUUGAUUGUGCAGGAAGAUGCAAGGGUGUUAGUUGUAGUUUCCUAGUUUUUGAGAAAUCCAGUGGCCUCUUGAUUUUUUUGAGACCUACGAAAAUUCUUUUUUCCACGUUUUCGUUGAAACCAAGUUUCAGAGACAAUUUCUAACAUGGUCACGUUCCUUCCACAAUUUGAAAUACACAGAAAGGACCAUAACAGUGUUUAAAGAAGAAUAUUUGAGUUUUCAGACCAAUAAAGACACAGAAACAAAAACUAA